AUGUAUUUUCCUUCUUAAUAUAAAAAACCUUAAUUUGUUCAUUUUCACAUUUGAAAACGGUGCUGAUUACUUCAGUGUUUCUGGUACGACGAUAAGCUAACCAAAACUCUAAUCCACUUUUCUGUUCUCUGUUCUUUAAGAUAAUGUGAUUCUGACUCUGAAAUGCAUAGUAAAAUUUUUUCCAUUAUUUUUUGUUCUUGCUUAUUGGAGGAAAAUGUGAACUAUUUAAAGCACAACCAUAUGCUAAAAGUUUUCGUUAGCUCUUGCUUUCCAAUAUAAAAAGUUUUAAUUACUCAUAUAAUCAGAAACCACAUUAAAUCGUAGUUGUUUUUUUGGUCUGUGUACACUAAUUGGCAUCAUUUUACAACUUUGUACUGUUUAUUUCUCUGGGGGCCAAAAACUGUUUGCUGCUGUCAGAAGUUAAGCUGUUCUUUUUACAAUAUUUGUGGCGCACAUGACUGUUUAAAACGUUUUUAAUUUGUCAAAUCGCCACAGAAAAUAAAUAAUGUCACAGUUUCACAAAGUGGAAGUGAACAAAACGGUAUGGGAAGUGCCUAUUCGGUAUCGAAUGUUAUCAGCUGUCGGAUCUGGGGCAUACGGACAAGUAUGUUCUGCCGUGGAUACCCAAACAAAGAAAAAAGUUGCGAUAAAAAAAUUAGCGCGUCCUUUUCAAACUGCAGUUCAUGCAAAAAGAACUUACAGAGAACUUAAACUGUUGAAGCAUAUGAGACAUGAAAAUGUUAUAGGAUUGUUAGAUGUGUUUUACCCCAAAUAUGACAACAGCCAGAUUUAUUUGGUAACCCACCUUAUGGGAGCCGAUUUAAAUAAUAUAAUACGUACCCAAAGGCUGACUGAUGAUCAUGUUCAGUUCUUAGUUUACCAGAUAUUACGGGGCUUAAAAUAUAUUCACUCUGCGGGAAUUAUACACAGGGAUUUAAAGCCAUCAAAUAUUGCGGUAAAUGAAGACUGCGAGUUAAAAAUAUUGGAUUUUGGCUUGGCUAGACCAACAGAAACUGAAAUGACGGGUUAUGUAGCCACAAGAUGGUACAGAGCGCCUGAAAUAAUGCUCAAUUGGAUGCAUUAUAAUCAAACUGUUGAUAUUUGGUCUGUUGGAUGUAUUAUGGCCGAAUUACUUACAGGAAAAACUUUAUUUCCUGGCACAGAUCAUAUCCACCAACUAAAUUUAAUAAUGGAAAUACUGGGAACCCCAAGUGAAGAUUUUAUGAGCCGAAUAAAUUCAGAAAGUGCUAGAAAUUACAUAAACUCAUUACCACCAAUGCCUAAAAAAGACUUACAACAGUAUUUCGUAGGAGCUAAUCCAAGGGCGGUGGAUUUAUUAAGUCUAAUGCUGGAAAUUGAUAGUGACAAGCGCAUAACCGCAGAACAAGCAUUAGCUCAUUCAUAUUUGACAGCGUAUGCCGAUCCCAAUGAUGAACCCAUUUCGGCCCCAUUCGAUCAAAGCGAAGAUAUAAAUUUGCCCGUAGAGAAGUGGAAAGAUUUAGUUUUAGAGGAAGUCAACUCCUUUGUAUAUAUUCCUAUGCCUAACGAAGAUAGUCGCGAAUAAGACUCAGUGGCUGGGACUAGAUGUACAUUAUAGGUAGUAGGUAGUAUAUUUGAAAUUCACCAAUUCCAACAGGCCAUUUGUAAAUUUUGGUUUUUAAUAACCAAUUUUAUUUUGACCGCUAUACCAAUGUUCGAGUUAUUGUAUAAUUUCUGCUGUCUAACAUGCCUAAUUUGAGUGUACAGUGUGUACUAUUUUUGAUGGUUUUACCAAAGUAUUUUCCUUAUUAAUGAAGCCAGCCCUUUUCAGCUUUCGAGACCUGAGAUGCUUUUUUGUGUAAUUAAAGAUGGCACAAAUAGGAAUGUCAUAAUUCUCUCAGUUUUCGACACUCUUUGUACUUCACUUAUCAAAAAGGUGUAGACUGGUCUGGGUAGUCAGUUUUCUUGUGGAACCCACAAAUUUUGAUAUAUAGACGAAACUUGUGUAUGUAUAAUAUAUAUCACAAAUACAAUGAGCUUUUAUUUGCAAUAAAUACAAAGUGUACCAUAAAAAAGCUAGUUUAGUUUAUAUAUCAAAAUUUGUGAGUUUCAAAGGAAAACUGACUACAUUACUGGAUCCAAUGUAAACCAGUUUUCACUUUUUUGCUCAAUUAACGCAUAAACAAAUUACAAGGGUGGUCUAAAAAUGCAAAAUUUUUAAAAAACCGCUGUAUCUAAAAUUAUAAGAUUGCUCUAUAUUUGAUGGAUUUAUAUCAUAGAAAGUAGUAUUGGGUCAUGAAAAUAGCUAAACGCGAGUUUUUGUCAUAUGGGACAUACGCAGUAAAAACUAACAAAAAUGGGACAAGCUGUACAUUAGUAUUAAAUGUAGUAUGGUAUAUGGUUUGGUAUUGAGAAUAGUAUUAUCCAAAACGUGGAAUUUUUCCAAAAACAUCUAGAGUCUCUGAUUUUGAAUAUGAUGUUUUGGUUAGUUUUGAUUAGUUGCUGGCUUAAAUAACACAUCAAAUGCUUAAAAUGUUGGAUAUAUAUUACAAACUAGCCGGUAGUGAGCACAACACAAAGUUUCUAUUUUUAAUGACGAAAAUGUCAUGAAAAACAUCCCUUAGGAAUGAAGUCCUUUCUAUUAAAUGGCAGCAAUAUUUUUGUCAAUAUUUUAAAAAAUACAUAUAUGUAUUAUUUUUGAAACUGACGCAAGUAAACAUUAAAAAAAGAUCGUAAAAUUUUAGUUAUUCAGAAUAAAGUUAGGGCUUGUGUUAAUUGUAAGCCACCCGGUAGAUUCAUAGAUAGUUUAUUGUUAAUUAAUUGUUAAUUGUUAAUAUUGAAUCCGUACUAUUAACUAACGGGUUGUGGCACAAGUUUUUAUUUUUAAUGACGAAAAUGUAAUGGAAAAACAUCCCUUAGAAACUAAGCCUCUUUUUGCAAUAUAAGAUAUUCAAUAUCGACUAUUUUAAAUUUCAUACUUUACUUGAAUGGUUUUGGAGUUUUGCUUUAUUUUUGAAAAUGGUCUAAAUUGUAAUUAAUUAAUGUUUUUGUAACAAAAUUUUUGUUAUUAAAAUAAAAAAGUUAAUUGUGUUAAUUGUGGGCCACCCGGUAUAUCCAUAUUUAUGCUAAAAUCGUUCGGCUAAAUUAACAUUAAUUAAUGAUUGUUGUCAAUUAUGCUCUCCCUUAUAAAGAAGACAUCAAAUUCCAGUGAGAACUGUGGUAGAAAUUUUGAUGCUAGAAUAUGAAUCUUCAUUUUAUUCAAAUUUCUGUAUUGUGUAUUGAUUGUUUAAAUUUUGUUAUGUUAAUUUGUUGUACUAAUUUAAUUGUAAUAUGCUAUCCUACAUCAUCCUUGUAAGCAACUCAACGAAUGUCCAUGUCAAUUCAUGUGGCCUAAAGAAUACAGAGUGAAACUAUAGCAAUAUUUUACUUACCUUAGAGUAAAUAUUUAGUUUUGUAUCCAAUCUUUAAAGAAAAUGUGUCCCAAUAGGAAAAAAAUUUAAUUACAUCUGAAAACCCUCCAUAUAAAACGUAUAAAAUGGUGUCCACUAAAAUUAGCAACUCGGGAGUUCUUAAUAUGAAAAGAAAUAGUUAUUUCUUCAUGCAUUUCAGUUGUAUUUUUAUGUAGGGUGUUAUAUAAAUAUUUUCAAUAACUUAUUAGAAGCAUAAUAUUUACUUAUGUAACUACGCUGGGGCACGUUUUUAAUGAGUUGGUAAUCCACGUACUUUGUACUUUAGAGCAAGUUUGUUCGAUAAAUAGACAUUACUUUGAGCAACUGAAGUGUAGGUGGAAAAUUGUCUUUUUAUUCUUCCAUUCCCUUAAAAAGUUGGUGAAAAAAAAAUAUAUUUUUGCCAUCCAACCUCCAUAACAAAACGAAAAUCUAAUCUCAUUUGGAAAUGCAUUCACAAUUAAACAUCCCUUAUAUUGUUAGUUUCCUAGAGCUGUGGAGCAUUUUACUUUGACUUUAAUCAUGGAAUAAAAGGAUUUUUCUCAUUUUGUCCCUACCCAUUCCUUUCGAUUUCAGUUGUACUGUGUAAGAUGCUUGUCGGGGUUCCCAAUGGAAAGCAUAUAUUUCGGUUGUAGAAUGUAGUUCGUUAUAAAAGUUCCAAUAUCCACGCGCAGAUAAGACCACAAAUAAGAUUAAUCUCUCCCCUGCUUUCCGUUUUCAGUUACAAUGUGUUGGACGCUUAUCGAGUUUCUCAAUAUAAUGCAUAAAUGGCACCCCAAAGGUAGAUCGUUUGUCUGUCGAGAUGCUACUAACAACGCAUAAAUGGCAUUACACAAGCAAUGGGAUUGUCAUUACACGCAGCGGUGACGU